AGGAGAGGAAGAAACUGAGAGCUCUUUGUUCCUUUUUUAAAUAUUUUUAUAGGUCCAGUUAGAAUGGAGAACAUGAGUGACGUGGAUUGCUCAUCUCAGAAGAUCCACAAAAAUGACUCGAUAUAUCACAUGAGCCACUCCCAGAUGCAGCCAGAGUUGCCUCCUCUGCCUGCUUCUUCUAACGAGGAACCAUCUGAACUCUAUCAGACAGUCAUGUCGCACAGCCUUUACCCACCCUUGAUGCAACGCACAUCAUGGACCCUGGCUGCACCCUUCAAAGAGCAGCACCACCACAAUGGACCCAGCAACUCCAUUGCCAACAACUACUCCUUGAUGGCCCAGGACCUGAAGCUGAAGGACCUGCUGAAGGUCUACCAGCCCGUCACCAUCAGCGUCCCCAGGGAGAAGAUUGUUCAGGGGCUGCCAUUAGCAAAUAAAAGCUCAUCAGAGCCUAACAAGAAGAAAAUGAAGUUCUCCCCCAAAGACAAAGAGGAUCUCACUGGGACGAGGUUGGCCCGCAGCACCUCAACCUCCUUACCUAUGAGGACGGAGGUGGUGACAUCUUUGACUCUCCCAGGAAGCAGACCAAUGAGUCCAGAAGAACAGAUUGAUGUGAUGUUACAGCAGGAGAUGGAAAUAGAAAGUCAAGAAACCAAACCAACUGAAUCAGACUUGGAGAGAUACUAUUACUAUUUGACCAAUGGAGUCCAGAAAGACAUGAUUGCCCCCCAGGAGGAUGAAGUGAUGGUUCGGAUUUCAAAGCUGAUUUCUAACACACUGCUGACAAGUCCCUUCCUGGAACCCCUGAUGACUGUCCUUGUGGAGGAGAAGGAAAAUGACUAUUACAGUAGCCUCAAGAAAAGCAUUGUUGAUUACAUCCUCAUGGAUCCAAUGGAGAGGAAAAGACUCUUCAUCGAGAGCAUCCCCCGAGCAUUUCCUCAAAGAGUGAUCCGGGCCCCUGUGCCCUGGCACAGUGUCUACAGGAAUGCCAAGAAGUGGAACGAGGACCAUCUGCACACAGUGAACCCCAUGAUGCUCAGCCUGAAACAGCUGUGGUUUACCGAAUUUAAAGACCUCAGGUUUGUUCGAACAGCAGAAUUACUGGCGGGAAAAUUACCUCUGCAGCCUCACGAAUAUCAGGAUGUCAUCCAGAAACACUGCAUGGAAGCACGCCAAAUUCUUCUCAACAAAUGGAUCCCCACCUGUGCCCAACUUUUUGUCUCCCAGAAGGAGCAGUGGAUCCUUUUUGCUCCCAAGAGUGACUAUGGCUCCUCUCGUCGCAUUGAGGAAUAUUUUGCUUCUGUUGCAUCCUUCAUGUCACUCCAGCUCAGGGAGUUGGUCAUUAAGUCUCUGAAGGACCUCGUUUCCUUUUUCUUGGUACACAAGGAUGGGAAUGAUUUUGAGGAGCCCUACCAAGAGAUGGAGUUCUUUAUACCUCAGCUGAUCAUGAUCAAGCUUGAAGUCAAUGAGCCCAUUAUUGCCUUUAAUCCAUCUUUUGAUGACUGCUGGGAAUUAAUACACAACUCUUUCUUGGAAAUUAUUAAGAACUCUAGGGGGAUUCCCAAGGUGGAAUCUAUCCUGUUCCCAGAGUUGAAAGGAUAUAAUCUGAUUCUUGGAACUGUUAAUGCUGAUGAAAAACUGGUUUCUGACUUUGUGGAUCAAACUUUCGAGGUAUUUCAGAAAAAUCAAGUUGGCCCCUACAAAUACUUAAAUGAAUACAAGAAGUAUGAUGACUUAUUGGAUAACACUGCAGAGCAAAACAUCACUGCGUUCCUGAAAGAAAAUCAUGAAAUUGAGGAUUUUGUGAUGAGGAUCAAUAGCAUAAAAAAGCGGAGAAAUGAAAUUGCAUCCAUGCACAUUACCGUGCCUUUGGCCAUGUUCUGCCUUGACACCAUGACCCUAAAUUAUGAUCUCUGUGAGCGAGCCCAAAAUCUUAAAGACCAUCUGAUUCAAUUCCAAGUGGAUGUAAACCGGGACACCAACACCAGCAUCUGUAAUCAGUACAGCAUCGUUGCAGACAAAGUCAGUGAGAUUCCUGUCAACACUGAGGAGCUAGUAUUCCUCAUUGAAUUCUUAAAGAAAUCCAGCGAUGUCACCGUGUUCAAACUCCGGAGGCAACUUAAAGAUGCAGCUGAACGGUUAGAGUUCCUGAUGGACUAUGCAGACUUGCCCCAAGAGGAUAUCAAACUGAACAGUACUCUGUUCCUCUGGCCAGACCAGAUUGAAGAUAUCUUUGAAAACAGCCGAAACCUUCUCCUUAGCAAGAGGGAUCAGGCAGAGAUGGACCUCAUUAAAAGAUGCUCAGAAUUUGAGGCAAAACUUGAGGGCUACAACAAGGAACUGGAAGGUUUUAGGAAACGUGAAGUGAUGACUACAGAAGAAAUGAAGAGCAAUGUUGAAAAGCUUAAUGAGCUUUCAAAGAAUCUAGAUCAAGCACUGGUGGAAUUUGAGUUGAUCAAUAAGGAGGAGGAGCUGUUGGAAAAGGAGAAGAGUACCUUCCCUCUUCUACAAAGCGUGAUGACCAACAAAGUGCCUUACGAGCAGCUGUGGACGACAGCCUACGAGUUUAGCAUCAAGUCGGAGGAAUGGAUGAACGGACCCCUCUUGUUACUGAAUGCUGAGGAAAUCGCAGAGCAAAUAGGGAAUAUGUGGAGGACGAUAUAUAAAUUGACCAAGACCUUAGCUGAUGUGCCUGCACCCAGGCGCUUAGCAGAGAAUUUGAAAAUCAAGAUUGAUAAAUUCAAGCAGCACAUCCCUAUCCUCAGCAUUUCCUGCAACCCAGGAGUGAAAGACCGGCACUGGCAGCAGAUUAGUGAGAUUGUCGGCUAUGAAGUAAAGCCCACUGAAACGACUUGCCUCUCAAAUAUGCUGGAAUUUGGAUUUGGCAAAUUCAUUGAAAAACUGGAGCCCAUUGGUGCAACUGCCAGUAAGGAAUACUCUCUGGAGAAAAACUUGGAGAAAAUGAAGUUAGACUGGGCUAACAUGACGUUCAACUUCGUGAAGUACAGGGACACCGAUACAAGCAUCUUGUGUGCAGUUGAUGACAUUCAACUGCUACUUGAUGAUCACGUGAUAAAGACCCAGACCAUGUGUGGCUCUCCAUUUGUCAAACCAAUAGAAACAGAAUGCCGGAACUGGGAAGAAAAGCUGGUUCGCGUGCAGGAAAUUUUGGAUGCCUGGUUAAAAUGCCAAGCCACCUGGCUAUACCUGGAACCAAUCUUCAGUUCAGAGGACAUCAUAGCCCAGAUGCCAGAAGAGGGCAGGAAAUUUGCCAUCGUUGAUAGUUACUGGAAAUCACUCAUGUCCCAAGCCGUGAAAGAUACCAGGGUUCUGGUGGCAGCAGACCAACCACGGAUGGCUGAGAGGCUUCAAGAAGCCAACCUUCUGUUGGAGGACAUCCAGAAGGGGCUGAAUGACUACUUGGAGAAGAAGAGACUAUUUUUCCCCAGGUUCUUCUUCCUAUCAAAUGAUGAGCUGUUGGAGAUCUUGUCAGAGACAAAGGACCCCCUCCGAGUUCAACCACACUUGAAGAAGUGCUUUGAAGGAAUUGCCAAGCUGGAGUUUACAGACAGCAUGGAGAUUGUGGGCAUGAUCAGCUCAGAAAAAGAAAUCGUUCCAUUCAAACAGAAAAUCUCCCCAGCUGAAGCCAAAGGCAUGGUGGAAAGAUGGCUCCAGCAGGUGGAACAGAUGAUGCUUGCCAGUAUGAAGGAAGUUAUUAGACUUGGGAUUGAAGCAUAUGUCCAGGUCCCUCGUAAUCACUGGGUCUUGCAGUGGCCUGGCCAGGUGGUUAUCUGUGUCUCCUCCAUCUUUUGGACCCAGGAGGUUUCCCAAGCCCUGGUUGAAAAGACCCUACCGGAUUUUCUGAAAAAGAGCAAUGAUCAGAUUGCACAGAUUGUCCAGCUGGUGCGAGGAAAACUGAGCAGUGGGGCUCGACUCACCCUUGGGGCCCUCACAGUCAUUGAUGUCCACGCUCGUGAUGUGGUCGCCAAGUUAUCUGAAGACAGUGUCUGUGACCUGAAUGAUUUCCAGUGGAUCUCCCAACUGCGCUACUACUGGGAUGCCAAGGAUGUACAGGUGAAGAUGAUCACUACAGAAGCCUUAUACGGCUAUGAGUACCUGGGAAACUCCUCCCGGCUGGUGAUUACGCCCCUCACUGACCGCUGCUACAGGACACUGAUGGGGGCUUUGAAGCUGAACCUUGGAGGAGCCCCAGAGGGUCCAGCUGGGACAGGCAAGACAGAAACCACCAAAGAUCUAGCCAGAGCUUUGGCCAAGCAGUGUGUGGUCUUCAACUGCUCAGAUGGUCUAGAUUACAAAGCCAUGGGGAAGUUCUUCAAAGGGCUGGCCCAGGCUGGAGCAUGGGCCUGCUUUGAUGAGUUCAACAGGAUUGAGGUAGAAGUGCUCUCUGUGGUAGCUCAGCAGAUUCUCAGCAUUCAACAAGCCAUUAUCCGGAAGCUAAAGACGUUCAUCUUUGAAGGCACUGAGCUCUCUCUGAACCCAACCUGUGCUGUCUUCAUCACCAUGAACCCUGGGUAUGCUGGCAGGGCUGAGCUGCCAGAUAACCUCAAGGCCUUGUUUCGGACAGUGGCCAUGAUGGUGCCAGAUUAUGCCCUCAUUGGAGAAAUCUCCCUCUACUCGAUGGGGUUUCUAGAUUCCAGAAGUCUUGCCCAGAAGAUUGUUGCAACCUACCGCCUGUGUUCAGAGCAACUUUCCUCCCAGCAUCACUAUGACUAUGGCAUGCGUGCUGUCAAGUCUGUGCUCACUGCUGCUGGCAACCUGAAGCUGAAGUAUCCAGAGGAGAAUGAGAGUGUCCUGCUGCUCCGGGCCUUGCUUGAUGUCAACCUGGCCAAGUUCUUGGCUCAAGAUGUCCCUCUAUUUCAGGGAAUUAUAUCAGAUUUGUUUCCUGGAGUUGUUCUUCCAAAGCCAGACUACGAAGUUUUUAUGGAAGUGCUGAAUGAGAACAUCAAAAAGAUGAAACUCCAGCCAGUACCUUGGUUUAUUGGAAAAAUUAUCCAGAUCUACGAGAUGAUGCUGGUAAGACAUGGCUAUAUGAUUGUCGGAGACCCCAUGGGUGGCAAGACCUGUGCUUAUAAAGUGUUGGCUGCAGCUCUGGGUGAUUUACAUGAAGCCAACCAGAUGGAGGAAUUUGCUGUGGAGUAUAAGAUCAUUAACCCCAAGGCUAUCACCUUGGGGCAGCUGUAUGGGUGCUUUGACCAAGUGAGCCAUGAGUGGACAGAUGGUGUCCUUGCCAAUGCUUUCCGGGAGCAAGCAUCUACUUCGUCUGAUGACCGCAAGUGGAUUAUAUUUGAUGGGCCAGUGGAUGCUGUUUGGAUUGAAAAUAUGAACACUGUUCUGGAUGACAAUAAAAAGCUUUGUUUAAUGAGUGGAGAGAUUAUCCAGAUGAGCUCCAAGAUGAGUCUGAUCUUCGAGCCAGCUGACCUGGAGCAGGCCUCCCCCGCCACUGUGAGCAGGUGUGGGAUGAUCUACAUGGAGCCCCAUCAGCUAGGUUGGAAGCCCCUGAAGGAUUCAUACAUGGACACCCUGCCUUCCAGUCUCACCGAGGAACACAAGGAAUUGGUCAAUGACAUGUUCAUGUGGCUUAUCCAGCCCUGCCUGGAAUUUAUUCAGCUUCAGUGUAAAUUUGUGGUCCAAACAUCUCCCAUCCACCUUGCCUUCUCAAUGAUGAGACUGUAUUCCUCUCUGCUAGAUGAAAUCAGGGAAAUAGAAGAGAAGGAAAGUGAAUUAUCUGAAAGCCUGACAAGCCAACAGAUCUUCCUCUGGCUGCAAGGUCUCUUCCUUUUUGCCUUGGUGUGGACCGUGGCCGGCACCAUCAACGCAGACAGCAGAAAGAAAUUUGAUCUGUUUUUCCGCAACCUCAUCAUGGGUAUGGAUAAUAACAACCCAAGACCCAAAAGUGUCAAACUCACCAAAAACAACAUCUUUCCAGAAAGAGGAAGCAUCUAUGAUUUUUAUUUCCUCAAGCAAGGUGGUGGACAUUGGUACACAUGGACAGAGUAUAUCACCAAAGAGGAGGAAAAUAUCCCAGCAAAUGCAAAGGUCUCAGAACUCAUCAUCCCCACAAUGGAAACAGCCCGGCAGUCCUUCUUCUUGAAAACCUACCUGGACCAUGAGAUUCCAAUGCUGUUCGUAGGACCCACGGGCACUGGCAAAUCAGUCAUCACCAACAACUUCCUUUUCCGCCUUCCCAAAAAUACUUAUCUGCCCAACUUCAUCAAUUUCUCUGCCAGAACUUCAGCCAGUCAGACCCAGGAUAUCAUCAUGUCCAAGCUGGAUCGACGGCGGAAGGGCCUUUUUGGGCCUCCCAUAGGGAAGAAAGCAGUGGUAUUUGUGGAUGACCUCAACAUGCCAGCCAAAGAGGUGUAUGGGGCCCAGCCCCCCAUUGAGCUCCUGAGGCAAUGGAUUGACCACGGUUACUGGUUUGACAAGAAGGACACAAACAAGCUGGACAUCGUUGAUGUGCUGCUUGUGACAGCCAUGGGCCCCCCUGGUGGAGGAAGAAAUGACAUUACUGGACGAUUCACUCGCCAUCUGAAUAUCAUUUCCAUCAAUGCCUUUGAGGAUGACAUUUUAACCAAGAUUUUCAGUUCAAUCGCUGACUGGCACUUUGGAAAAGGGUUUGAUGUGAUGUUCUUAAGGUAUGGAAAGUUGCUGGUACAAGCUACGAUGACAAUUUAUAAAGCUGCAAUGGAGAAUUUCUUGCCAACUCCCUCCAAGUCACACUAUGUCUUUAACCUGCGGGACUUCUCACGGGUGAUCCAAGGGGUAUUGCUCUGCCCUCACACCCACCUACAGGAUGUAGAAAAGCUUAUCCGGCUUUGGAUCCAUGAGGUUUACCGGGUCUUCUAUGACCGUCUGAUUGAUCAUGAGGACAGACAGGUCUUUUUCAACACGGUGAGGGAAACCACCUCCAAUUGCUUCAAGCAGUCUGUGGAAAAGGUCCUCGUCCACCUGUCACCCACUGGAAAGAUAGUUGAUGAUAAUAUCCGUAGCCUCUUCUUUGGAGAUUUCUUCAAGCCAGAAAGUGACAAAAAAAUCUAUGAUGAGAUCACUGACUUAAAACAGCUCACAGUGGUCAUGGAGUAUUACCUGGAAGAGUUCAACAACAUCAGCAAGGCCCCCAUGUCCUUGGUCAUGUUCAGGUUCACCAUCGAGCACAUCUCCAGGAUAUGCAGGGUCCUGAAGCAGAACAAAGGCCACUUGCUGCUGGUGGGCAUUGGGGGCAGUGGGCGGCAAAGUGCCAGCAAACUGUCCACAUUCAUGAACUCAUAUGAGCUGUGCCAGAUCGAGAUCACUAAGAGCUACUCAGGCAAUGACUGGCGAGAGGACCUGAAGAAGAUCAUGCUACAGGUCGGUGUGGCCUCCAAGAGUACUGUGUUCCUCCUCACCGAUAACCAGAUCAAGGACGAGUCAUUCAUUGAGGACAUCAACGUGCUUCUGAACACGGGAGACGUGCCCAACAUCUUCCCCGCUGACGAGAAGGCUGACCUUGUGGAGAAGAUGCAAAUGGCAGCAAGGACAGAAGGCGAGAAGAUUGAAGCCACUCCUCUUUCUAUGUAUAACUUCUUUAUUGAGAGAGUAAAAAACAACCUUCACAUUGUCCUUGCCAUGAGUCCGAUUGGGGACGCCUUCCGGAACCACCUGCGGAUGUUCCCUUCCCUGAUCAAUUGCUGCACAAUUGACUGGUUCCAGUCUUGGCCCACAGAUGCCCUGGAAUUGGUAGCCAACACAUUUCUAGAAGAUGUGGAGCUCGAUGACAAUAUUCGGAUAGAGGUCAUCUCCAUGUGCAAAUAUUUCCAGGAGAGUGUGAAAAAGCUGUCGCUUGAUUAUUAUAACACACUUCGCAGACACAACUACGUUACCCCCACCUCCUACCUCGAAUUGAUCCUAACCUUCAAGACGCUCCUGAAUAGGAAGAGGCAAGAGGUGGAUAUGAUGAGGAACCGCUACCUGACAGGCCUGCAGAAACUUGAAUUUGCCGCUUCACAGGUGGCCGUCAUGCAAGUAGAACUGACUGCCCUCCAACCCCAACUCAUUCAGACCUCUGAGGAGACCGCUAAGAUGAUGGUGAAAAUUGAAGGGGAGACGCGAGAAGCCGAUGCCAAGAAACUUCUGGUGCAAGCCGAUGAAGAAGAAGCCAAUGCUGCUGCCGCCAUUGCUCAAGGAAUCAAGAACGAAUGUGAAGGGGAUCUGGCAGAGGCAAUGCCGGCUCUGGAGGCUGCACUCGCUGCACUGGACACCCUGAACCCGGUAGACAUCUCACUGGUGAAGUCGAUGCAGAACCCACCAGGUCCUGUCAAGCUGGUCAUGGAGAGCAUCUGUGUGAUGAAGGGGCUGAGGCCAGAGAGGAAGCCGGACCCUAGUGGCAGCGGUAAAAUGACAGAAGAUUACUGGGGGGUAUCAAGAAAGAUUCUAGGAGAUCUGAAAUUCUUGGAGAGUCUUAAGACAUAUGACAAAGACAACAUCCCACCAAUGAUCAUGAAGCGGAUCCGGGAAAGGUUUAUCGAUCACCCGGAUUUCCAGCCGGCUGUUAUUAAAAAUGUGUCAUCUGCGUGUGAGGGUCUGUGCAAGUGGGUGAGGGCCAUGGAGGUGUAUGAUCGUGUGGCCAAAGUGGUAGCUCCUAAACGGGAGCGGCUGAAGGAGGCUGAGGGGAAGCUGGACACACAGAUGCAAAAACUGAACCAGAAGCGAGCAGAGCUGAAGAUGGUGGAAGGCCGCCUCCAGUCCCUGAACGAUGACUUUGAAGAGAUGAAUACCAAGAAAAAGGCGUUGGAGGAAAACAUUGAAAUCUGUUCCCAAAAGUUGAUCAGAGCAGAAAAACUGAUCAGUGGUCUUGGGGGAGAGAAGGACAGAUGGACAGAAGCUGCCCGGCAGCUGGGUGUCCGCUAUACUAACCUGACAGGGGAUGUGUUGUUGUCCUCUGGGACCGUGGCUUACCUGGGGGCCUUUACCAUGGAUUAUCGGGCUGAGUGCCAAAAGUGGUGGUUGGCCCAAUGUAAGGACAAGGUCAUCCCCGGCUCCAGUGACUUUAGUCUUAGCAACACAUUAGGAGACCUUGUAAAAAUUCGUGCCUGGCAGAUUGCUGGGCUGCCCACUGACUCCUUCUCCAUUGACAAUGGCAUCAUUGUAUCCAAUUCCAGGCGCUGGGCCUUAAUGAUUGACCCUCAGGGGCAGGCCAAUAAGUGGAUCAAGAAUAUGGAGAAAGCAAAUAGGCUGUCAGUCAUCAAGUUCUCGGAUACCAACUACGUGAGGACGCUGGAAAACGCUCUGCAGUUUGGUACCCCGGUCUUACUAGAAAAUGUUGGGGAAGAGCUGGAUGCCUUUAUUGAACCCAUCUUGCUCAAGUCCACAUUCAGACAGCAAGGGGUUGAGUACAUGAGGCUUGGUGAAAACAUCAUUGAAUAUUCCAGGGAUUUUAAGUUAUAUAUCACAACCCGUUUGAGGAACCCACAUUAUCUCCCUGAAGUCGCCGUGAAAGUCUGUCUCCUCAACUUUAUGAUCACCCCCUUGGGCCUCCAAGAUCAACUCCUUGGCAUCGUGGCUGCCAAGGAGAAGCCAGAACUGGAAGAGAAAAAGAACAAGUUGAUUGUGGAAAGUGCCAAGAACAAGAAGCAGCUAAAGGAAAUUGAAGAUAAGAUCUUGGAGGUCCUUUCCCUUUCUGAGGGCAACAUCCUUGAGGACGAGACUGCCAUCAAAAUUUUGUCCUCCUCCAAACUGCUUUCCGAAGAAAUCUCUGAGAAACAGGAAAUUGCUUCAGUGACAGAAAUGCAGAUCGACGAGACUCGGAUGGGCUACCAGCCAGUGGCUGUCCACUCUGCCACCAUCUUCUUUUGUAUCUCUGACCUGGUCCACAUUGAAACCAUGUACCAGUACUCCCUGACAUGGUUCAUAAACCUCUACGUGCACUCCCUGGCCCAUAGCAGGAGGAGCGAGGAACUAGAGCUACGAAUUGAGUACAUCAUUGAACAUUUCACUCUAAGCAUCUACAACAAUGUCUGCCGCUCUCUGUUUGAGAAGGACAAGCUGCUUUUCUCCUUCCUCUUGACGAUAGGCAUCAUGAAAGAGAAAAAGCAAAUUAACGAGGAAAUUUGGUACUUUCUUCUAACUGGAGGCGUUGCCCUGGACAACCCCUUCCCCAACCCAGUUUCCGAAUGGCUGUCUGAGAAGGCGUGGGCAGAAGUGGUUCGUGCAUCCGCGUUGCCAAAACUGAAAGGCCUCAUGGAACAUUUGGAACAAAAUGCUAAUGAAUGGAAGCUCAUCUGUGACUCAGCCUGGCCCCAUGAGGAGAUGUUCCCUGGAUCUUGGAAACUUCUUCCAGGUUUGGAGAGGAUGGCGAUUCUCCGAUGUCUGCGGCCUGACAAAAUGAUUCCAGCCAUUCGGAAGUUCGUUGCUGAACACAUGGGAAACGUAUACACUGAAGCCCCUACGUUUGAUCUCCAGGGGUCCUACAAUGAUUCCAGCUGCUGCAUACCACUGAUAUUCGUGUUGUCUCCGGGUGCAGACCCAAUGGCAGGCCUGCUGAAAUUUGCUGAUGAUCUUGGCAUGGGAGGUGCCAAAACACAGACCAUCUCCCUUGGCCAAGGCCAAGGCCCUAUUGCUGCCAAAAUGAUUAACACUGCCAUCAAAGAUGGGACCUGGGUGGUCUUACAGAACUGUCAUCUGGCCACGAGCUGGAUGCCUGCGCUGGAGAAGAUCUGUGAGGAGGUGAUUGUUCCUGAGAGCACCAAUAUGGGAUUCAGACUCUGGUUAACCAGCUAUCCAUCAGAGAAGUUUCCAGUCAGCCUCCUCCAGAAUGGGAUUAAGAUGACCAAUGAGCCCCCCAAAGGGCUCCGGGCCAACCUUUUGCGCUCUUACCUCAGUGACCCCAUCUCAGACCCCGUGUUCUUCCAAAGUUGUACAAAAGCAGUGAUGUGGCAGAAGCUGUUGUUCGGCCUUUGCUUCUUCCACGCCGUCGUUCAAGAGAGGAGAAAUUUCGGAGCCCUAGGUUGGAAUAUUCCUUAUGAAUUCAACGAAUCCGACCUGAGGAUUAGUAUGCAGCAGAUCCAGAUGUUUCUGAAUGACUACAAGGAGGUGCCGUUGGAUGCUCUGACCUACCUGACAGGGGAAUGUAAUUAUGGAGGCAGAGUGACAGAUGACAAAGACAGAAGGCUCCUGCUAUCCCUUCUGUCCACGUUCUACUGUAAGGAAAUUGAGCAGGACCAUUACUGUCUUGCUCCUGGAGACACUUACUACAUCCCUUCUCAUGGCUCCUACCAGUCCUAUAUUGAAUAUCUCAGGAACCUCCCUAUCACCACCCACCCAGAAGUGUUUGGCCUGCACGAGAAUGCUGAUAUCACCAAAGACAACCAGGAAACCAGCCAGCUGUUUCAAGGGGUGCUGCUGACCCUCCCUAGGCAGUCAGGAGGGAGUGGCAAGUCCCCUCAGGAAGUGGUUGAGGAGCUGGCCCAGGACCUACUCUCCAAGCUUCCCAAUGACUUUGACUUGGAGUUGGUCGUGAAGUCGUACCCUGUGGUCUAUGGUGAAUCUAUGAACACUGUCCUAAGGCAAGAGCUCAUCAGAUUCAACAGAUUGACCAAAGUGGUUCGCAUAAGCCUCAUCGACCUUGGCCGAGCAAUUAAAGGGCAGGUUUUGAUGUCCUCAGAGCUGGAGGAUGUAUUCAGUAGCAUGCUUGUGGGUAAAGUGCCGGCCAUGUGGAUGGCCAAGUCCUACCCAUCACUGAAGCCCCUGGGAGGCUACGUGGCUGACCUGCUAGCCCGCUUGGCCUUCUUCCAGGAAUGGAUUGACAACGGGCCGCCUGUGGUCUUUUGGAUCUCUGGAUUCUACUUUACACAGUCUUUUUUGACAGGCGUCUCUCAGAAUUACGCUCGGAAAUACGCCAUCCCCAUUGACCACAUCGGAUUUGAGUUUGAGGUAACCACACAAGAAACAGUCAUGGAGGAUAACCCAGAAGAUGGGGCCUACAUAAAAGGACUCUUCUUAGAAGGCGCCCGUUGGGAUAGGGAAACGAUGCAGAUCGGGGAGUCUCUCCCCAGAAUCCUCUAUGACCCAUUGCCCAUUAUUUGGCUGAAACCUGGGGAAAAUGCAAUGUUUCUGCAUCAGAACAUUUAUGUGUGUCCAGUCUACAAAACAAGUGCCCGAAGAGGUAUCCUCUCCACCACAGGCCACUCCACCAACUAUGUCCUAUCCAUUGAACUCCCAACCGACAGGCCCCAGAAGCACUGGGUAAACCGAGGAGUAGCCUCACUGUGCCAGCUAGAUAACUGAUGGCAUCUGUCUCAACACAGAAAAUAAAAGGAACUUCAUUCUUUUUUUUUUUUUUUUUUUUUUUUAAAGAAGGUGUUGGGGGUAGAAGUUUAGUACUUUAUUUAUUUUUGCUGUGUUGGGUCUUCGUUUCUGUGCGAGGGCUUUCUCUAGUUGUGGCAAGCGGGGGCCAGUCUUCAUUGCGUUGCGCGGGCCUCUCACUAUCGCGGCCUCUCUUGUUGCGGAGCACAGGCUCCAGAUGCGCAGGCUCAGUAGUUGUGGCUCACGGGCCUAGUUGUUCCGCGGCAUGUGGGAUCCUCCCAGACCAGGGCUCGAACCCGUGUCCCCUGCAUUAGCAGGCAGAUUCUCAACCACUGCGCCACCAGGGAAGCCCAGGAACUUCAUUCUUGACUGAAAUCUAGCUUUCCUUUUUUGAUAGUCACAUGGGAUGAUGACGAUGAUGAUGAUAACCGUUAUAUUAAUGGAGCACUUGCUAUGAGCCAGGUAUUUUAGAGCAUUCCUAUAAAGUGGGUUAUUAUCCUUAUUUUAUGGCUGCAGAAACCAUGAUAUAGAGGAAGCACUAUUUUCCAAAUCAGAUAGCUACGAAAAUAGUGGAGCCUAGAUUUGAACACAGGCAGUGGGACUCUUCAACCUAGACCUUUAGUCAUGUGGCUAAGCUGCCUGGUGGGUUUUUUUUUUUUCCCCCCAUUAUUUUGCCGUAACUGUCACUGAUCUUUAAGUGCUUCUCUCCUAGUCUAUUCACAUGGGCUAACAUUAGGGCUUCUCAUAGGUUGAAAGAUGCUUGGCCCACUUUUACUUUUUAAAGGCUCUUGAUAUAUUUAAAAUGUACUUCUCACAGCAAUCUUAUGCGGUAUUAUUGUUAUCUCCAUUUCAGUGAUGCAGAGAUGGAGGCUUAGAAAAGUAACUAGCUCAAUUUUACAGCUAACCAGCGGUAGAACUGGGACCCCAAUUCUUCUCCACUAGCCUACACAGAUGGGCAGAAAUUUCAGGAAGAAAGGAGACGCGAGAGAACCAUUAUUUGUUGCUUGCCAUGGUUUGUCCCUGGGCCUUUAGAUAUCUUGCUUGUACCUAUGUUGGAUAUGAUUGUCUCCCCCUCUAGAGGUUCAAGGAGACUAACUUGCUUACAAUUAUCCAGCUCUUUCACAUUGAAAAGCCAGGUUUUGAGCCAAGGUCUGUCUGGCUCUAGAACCUGUGCAGUUUUCACUGCUUCACGCUGCCUCCUUGCUGAGGACUUCGCUAUAUUGUGAUGUAGAAUCUUAGAAGAGAUGUGUAGUUCCAACAACCAUGUCCAAGAAAUUUCUAGUUUAUCACUGUUUCUCCCCAGGGCCAGCUGGAAGAGAAUCCUGAGGGAGAUAAAAAUCAAAUUCUUGAUAUAUUCUCAACCAACUCUCUCUUGUGGCUCUUUGGCUCUAAAUGGCUACUUCUAGGGCAUUCCCUUGGUCAGUCCAUAGAUGAGCAAAGACAUAAGGCUUUUUGGGAAUCUUAAUGUGUCUGGCCUGGCUUCCCUGCCUCUUCACUAGAAGAAAUGUCCUGACUUGGGGUCUUUGAUUUUUCUUAAAUGAAGCUUCUGAGAACCACAUAAACAUAUUCCAGAAAACUUGUUUCUUCAUGGGAAUGUGGAGCCAAUCAAAUUCUGAUUGAGGACUCUGAAUUCUGAGAUCAGCAAAUCAUCUAAUUGAUCCUAAGUGCAAAAGGGGAGUUCUCCAAAUCUUGCCUGGGGCCGAUAAAGAGACAAUGAGGUGGAGCCACUCUCUUCCAGCUCCAAGUAGGUAGCUUAAAAGCUGUUUCUCGAAGAAACAUAACUUUUUCCAAUAGAGGAAAGACAAUCAGAAUUAAUAGAUAGCUGGAACUGCCUUAUUCUCUAUUAUUCCAAAUAGAUUGCUAAGCCAUGUGAGAUGGAAAGACGGUCAGGAUCCCAAAUCCCUGAAUCUUCGACUGGCUAGGUAAGUCAGAUUGUAAGCUAUGAGGCAGUGAGAAGGUUGCUAAGAGAACUGAAUUUCUCUUACAGUUAUCUAACUCCACCUUCAGCGGCAAAAGCUGAGGGAGGCAGGGACUGUUUCGUUCCUCAGGGGUCAAGGGACAGGAUGUUCCUGUACGAUGGAUUAAAUUUUUGUAACUUAAAAAAUUUCCCUCAAUUCAAAAGAUUCCCCUAAAUUUAAGGUCAUUUUCUGUUGGGGUCCAUGUGUUAAUUAAUGUCUCUCCCCCUCACCCCCAGGAGAGAGCAGUAGGUUCUUCAGGAGUCCUGGUGAAUUAGAGGCUGGGGCCCUGGGGCAGAGAUGGCCAGAGAUCAGCUCCGUGAGAAGCUGUAGGCCCUGCCCAUAAAUACCUCAGCAGAUGACAUCAGACAAACCUUGUCGCCAAGCUAGUCCUUGCUCUUUAAAAAUCUAGGUGUUGAGUAAAUAGUUUUCAGUCCUUGUCAGCAUUGGAAGAAAAUUUCAUUGAAAGAGGGGAUGUAGGCGAUACCUUUAAAAGACCAAAGAAGGAGAUUUUAUAGGGUUGGAGAGAAAAUGAAAAGAAAAAAUUAUAAACAAAUAGGUUUCAUGGAAAGUUUGGCAGGAAAUUAUGUUUCUGUGUAAUAGAAUAUGCAUCUUUGCGAAGGAGGCUAGGCAUAUAAAAUGCACAUUUAGGGAAGAUUCCUGGCACACAGAAGGUACUUAGAGGUUAGCUAGCAUUAGAUGGACUUCCAUUUUGGAAGAGUCUGGGUAGGAAGGAUGGUUUCUAACCCCUACAGCGUAAAACAAAAAUUGCAUAUUCAAAAUCACCUUGAAUUACUUAGAAAGGGACAAUGAUGGAGACAGCAAGUCAUGUUUCACUCAGUUCAGCACAGCCAGUUUUUCCUCCAAGAACAGGUCAGUGUUUCAUUGACCACCAGAUAAAGCAGUUGGCUUGAGUUCACAGGCCUUAUAUUGCUUUAGAAAUACUUACCUUUAAACAUCAGAACCACCUCUUGGUAGGGAAAUGCUUCCACAAUGAGAUCAGAUAGGAGAGUGACUGAUGGAAUAGCAGACUGAUGUCUCCUAAUUGAAGCGAGGCUGGGGUAUGUGCUCACCGAAUGGCCAUGGAGGGGCCGACAUGCCUGCCAGCACAUGUACAUUUCUCUCUCUCCAUCAAAGGACUAUAGCUGCAUUUGUGUUAAAUAUGUACAUGCUAUAUCUCUACUGACACAGUAUGAUAUUUGCUCUCCAUGUCACUGCCAAACCCUGUAAUACUUACUUAUCCUGAGCAUGAAAAGGUAUGUUCCUGCCCACAGGAACGGGUUUUGAAAUUGAAAUAUACAUAUUUUAAAUUAGAGAAUCUGUGUGAAUCCUAAAUCUAGGUAUGGGCAGGAAGUUAUCAGCUGCUGCUUUUGAGGAUCACAAGGCCAUUCUGGAAAACAGCAGAGAGAGACCAAAAUCACUAGAGAUUUUUCUUUAUUGGUGAUUACCCAGCCCCUUUGGAGGUAAGAGGGAAGGACGCUGACAUACAAAUGAACUGCCAUGGGAAUCUCACCUGUAUCCACACAUGCAGGGGUGUAAGUCCUUUAUGUUUUGAUCUCUACUUGUCCCAUUUCAGUCUGGAUAUAAUUUGAAAGCCAGCUUAGCUCUUGUACCUCCUAAUUAUGUUAAUGUAAAAUUCUCAUAACGAAUGCAGUAUGAGUUUCUAGUGAGCCUUUCAGAUCCUAAGUGUAUCCAAAGUAAUUAUAGGCUUUAAGAUAAACUAAACAUAUGCAUUUACCUAAGACAUGAACUUUUGUGUAUGUGUCUGUCUGGGGCAGAGAUGGGUCUCAUAUACAAUUUCAGUGAAAAACCAUGAUUGAUCCAAUGAUGCGCUUUUUAAGGGGAGUUGUUUAUGUGGAAAUUGGAAGUGUCAAAAGACAACAAAGCACACACAAAAAACCCACUUUUAAGCAAAUCUAUAACUUGAAAAAAAAAGCCUAAAAA